AUGCCCCUCCGGACGGAUCGUGACAUCUCGCCCUCUGGGCGUGCCACCAAGAAGGUACGCGUUAGAGCCGGCGAGAUGCCUCCUACAGAUGCCUCCCAUGCCCCCGUCGAGAUGCUCGCUCUAGGCCCCGAGCGUAAGGCAGAUCACGCGUCAACCGAAAUCAAAGAUCUGAAAAAGCGCCCUCGAGGUCCUACACGGGGUAAUUUGUCGCAACAAUCCAACCCAUUUGAGACAUCCGGGAACACUCAGUCUGCCCAGUCUUCUAUGAGCCAGCCUACGUUCUCGUUCGGCGCUCCAUCGACAGGCAACGGGCUCUUCGAUAACAAACCUCAGUCUCAGCCUUCCUUCUCGUUCGGCGCCUCACAGAAUGCCUCUCCUGCACCAAGUAGCGGCUUAUUCGAUAACCCAUUCCAGUCCUCUCAAACUCAGCCUGCGUUCUCGUUCGGCGCCUCACAGAAUACUGCUCCUUCAACUGGCCAAGGGCUUUUCAAUAGCAAGCCUUUCCAGUCCUCUGAAACACAGCCUUCUUUCUCAUUCGGCAAUUCCCAGGAAGUGUCUUCCGCAACUAGUCAAGGGAUUUUCGAUAAGCCUGCUCAGUCUUCUGACACGCAGCCUACAUUCUCGUUUGGUGCUACCCAGAAAGCGUCUCCUGCACCUAGUCAAGGGCUUUUCGAUAAACCUGCCCAGUCCUCUCAACCUCAGCCUUCCUUUUCCUUCAGUGCCUCACAGAAUACGUCCCCUGCCACUGGUCAAGGACUUUUCAGUAAUAAGUCUUUCCCGUCUUCUGAGAACCAGCCUACAUUCUCCUUCGGUGCCACCCAGAAAGCGCCGUCCACAAUUGGCCAAAGCAUUUUUGAUAAGCCUGCCCAGUCCUCAGAGAACAAGCCUACAUUUUCGUUCGGUGCCUCACAGACCGCGCCUUUUACUACUGGUCAGGGACUUUUCGAUAAGCCCGCCCAGUCCUCAGAGAACAAACCGACAUUUUCGUUCGGUGCCUCACAGACCGCGCCUUCUACUGCUGGUCAGGGAAUUUUUGAUAAGCCCGCCCAGUCCUCAGAGAAUAAGCCUGCAUUUUCGUUCGGUGCCUCACAGACCGCGCCUUCGAGUACUACUGGCCAAGGACUUUUCGAUAAGCCUGCCCAGUCCUCUGAAACCCAGCCUACAUUCUCGUUUGGCGCCUCACAGAACCCGUCUCAUGUAACUGGCCAAGGCGUUCUCGAUAAGCCUGCCCAGCCUCCUAAUAUGCAGCCUACGUUCUCAUUCGGCGUCUCGCAGAACGCAUCUCCUGCGUUUGGUCAGGGGCUCAACGGCAAUCCUUUCCAGUCUUCUCAAACACCUCCUACAUCCUCAUCCAACGCUCCGCAGAACGCGACUCCUACGACUGGCCAAGGGCUUUUCAGCCAGCCCGUUGCAGAUAGUGCUCCCACUGCAGCCAGUCCCCCGGCUGCAACCAGUGCUCCCGCUGACUGCAUGCAAAUGUCUCCGGACGCGAAACCUCAGUCAACGCUUGCCAACCCAUCGUCUUCAUUCCCGAGUCGAAACAUUUUUGGGGACUCGAACGCAUCUCAAUCGUUCUCUCCGGAGCCUUCUCCGCAACCCAACAACCCAUUUGCGGGCAUAAAUUUGGCUCCCAAGCCUUCGGAGGCUGAAGUUCCUGUUCCUGCAGCAGCCUCCGCUGUGGAUGCGUCCGCUCUUACCCCUCCUAUCGCUUCAGAUCCUUUGCCUAAACACCCUGCUCCUCAAACUGUGAAAGAGCAAAUCGCCAGUAUCCCCACGCCUGCCUUUGAUGAUGAUAUCAGUCAACAGGCGAAGGAUAAGUGCGAGCUCGAGUGGAAAAAGCGGACAUUAGAUUUGGCUUUCAAGCACCAAAUUGCGUCGAUUGAUCCUGGUACCCACACUUUUGACAAUACUAUCGCGUUCUACCUGAAAGUCCGUGAUGCCCUGGGUAAGCCGCUUGUAUUAGACGAAAGUCUUCGAUACAACAUGCAAGAUGCUCGCCCUGAGAGUACCGAGCCCGCCGAAUCUGAAUUGGACUCUGAGGUCGCCACGCCUUCCGUUGUUGAGGAACCGAAGAAAUCUGACACUUCGAGCAUAUUCGCGAAGUCAUUCAUGUCACCUAUCUCUGCACCUAAGUCUGAUACUAGCACCGCUCUAGCUCCAGCACAAACUGCUGAUGCUAGCCGGAGUCUCUUCGAUCGCAUCACCCCAGCACCUCCCAAAGCCCCAAAUGAGCCGGCCAAAGCCGCAAACCCCUUUGCUCAUCUGACCGGGGCGACCGGCCUUCCCCGGCCUCCUACCUUCCCAUUAUCUUCUGGCGUGGACUUUUCAGCGCAGUUCCAGCAAAAGGCCAAAGAAACUGAAGCCGAAGAGAAGCGGAAGCGCAAGGCCGAGGACUACGACUCCGACGAGGAGGAUGAAGCCGAGUGGGAGCGGCGAGAUGCCCAGAAGCAGCUUGAAAAGCGCGCCAAGUUUGAGGGUGAGGCCCGCAAGAAGACUGUUUGGGUGGAGGGCGAAGGCUUCAAAUUCGUUGAAGAAGAAGCACAGUCCCCAUCACCAGUCGCUCCUGCCGGCUCCACCCUAUUUGGUCGUGCUUCUCCCGCUUCUCAGGACGUCGGCGCGACGAACCCAUUCGCUCAUCUCUCUGCGAAAGCCGUCCCAUCUCAGCCGGGGAAAGCGACGGAGAAGGCGGAUGAAAAAGCUUCCAUGCCACCUGCUUCUCCCGCUACAAACCCAUUUGCCCAGCUCUCCGCGAACGCCGUCCCGUCUCAGCCGGCAAAACCGACGGAGAAGGCGGAUGAGAAAGCUUCAAUGCCAUCUGCUUCUCCCGCUACGAAUCCAUUCGCCCAUCUCUCUGCGAAAGCCGUCCCCUCCCAGCAGGAGAAGGCAGUUGCGACACCUGCUACCGGCGCCACGAACCCAUUCGCCCAUCUCUCUGCGGCUGUUCCCUCCCAGCCGGAGAAGGCGGUUGAGAAGGCGGUUGAGAAGGCAGAUGAGACUUCCACCGAACCCGCAGGUGAAGAUGAUACCUCUGCUGGGUCUGUGUUCAAGGGCCUGGCUAAUGAAACGGCUGGAGAAGAAGACGAGGACCUCGUCUACACCUGCCGUGCCCGCGCCUUUAAGUUGGAGACGGGCUGGACUUCUCAGGGUACUGGAGUUGUUAAACUCCUGAAGCACAAGACCACCGGGCGAUCUCGCAUUGUCCUUCGCAUCGAGCCCAGUGGUAACAUCGGUCUGAACACGUUUUUGAAAAAGGAGUUCGACUACCAGAAGUCGGGUAAUUCCGUCCAAUUCAUGGUUCCAGUUGCUGAUGGAGCGCCAGAGCACUGGGCGAUCCGCACGAAGGCAGAGUUUGUCCAAGAGUUCCACGAGAAGAUUGAGGAGAUAAAAAAUUAA